AUGAGUAAACUUCAGAGUGAUACUCUCAGAGAGGGUAUUUCCACCAUCAUGGCUGCGUCCAAGGAAAAAAACCGCAAGUUCACUGAGACCAUCGAACUUCAGAUUGGGCUGAAAAAUUAUGAUCCCCAAAAAGACAAACGUUUCAGUGGUUCUGUUAGGUUGCCACACAUCCCUCGUCCAAAGAUGAAGGUUUGCAUGCUUGGAGAUGCUCAGCAUGUUGAAGAGGCUGAGAAGAUAGGGUUGGAUUAUAUGGAUGUUGAAGGGCUGAAGAAGCUAAACAAGAACAAGAAAUUGGUUAAGAAACUGGCCAAGAAAUACCAUGCCUUUUUGGCAUCAGAAGCUGUUAUUAAGCAGAUUCCCCGUCUUUUGGGUCCUGGUCUCAACAAGGCAGGAAAAUUUCCAACCCUGGUUACUCACCAAGAAUCGCUUGAGUCUAAGGUUGCCGAGACAAAAGCAACCAUUAAGUUCCAACUGAAGAAGGUUCUUUGCAUGGGAGUUGCUGUAGGGAAUGCCUCCAUGGAGGAGAAACAGAUCUUCCAAAAUGUGCAAUUGAGUGUUAACUUCCUUGUUUCACUUUUGAAGAAAAAUUGGCAAAAUGUGAAGUGCUUGAACCUGAAGACUACUAUGGGGAAGCCAUAUCGCAUCUAUUAA